UGCAAGAUACCUUACGAUUGGUGCUGCAGAAGAGUUUCUUUGUGACUGAGGACAAAAAUCUAUCAUUUUUCAACAUCAAAUAAGGGUGUAAGGGGUGAAUUCCUGUGAAUAUUUUGACGGGAUCUGUUUGUUGAGCCAUGGAAGGCAACUACCCUCCUGGUUUCUACUGCCCCGAAAGAGAUCAACAAGACAGUCGACAACAUCAGCAACCUCAGCAACCGCCACCACCACAUCAGCAACAUGUCGCACCUUACCCCAUUGACUUGCCUUACCACUCAACCUCGCAUUCACAGCAACCUGAUUUUGUCAUGGAUCAGCCCAUUAGAGCGUUCCCUGCACCACAUCCUACAUCUAUAUUUCGAUCAAUGUUUCCCGAGUCAACUCCAAUGCUUCCAAGCCCGAAUCUCAUGCAGCCGACUCGAGAGCAGUCACCGUACAGUGCCAGAGGUCAUGGGGUUAAAUCUACUGCACUGAGCGGAGAGUUUGCCCCACAUAUCACAACUCCUGAACCAGCGAUUAUUAACAAUGCAUCACAACCUCAAGGCGAGAUACCUGCACCAGCACCUCCCAAGAAAACCCAAGCUAAAGAGCAACGCAAGCAGGUUCCUGCAUCCUCUAAUAAACCAAGCACAAGUCCCCCGGACCAGAACGCCUCGGCCGCUGAUCCUCAGCUUCUCUCAGCCCUCAAUCUCAAAAAGAAUGCAAUCAUAUCGUCCAGUCAGGAGCUUCCAAAGGGACUCAUAUUCAAGGUGGCAUCGGCGGACAAAGUAGAGGGGGUGGUUGCUAGGGAUACGAUGGAGAAAGGGGUGGAAUUUGGACCCUAUACCGGGACGUUGUUGGAUGAGGAGCAGGGCUGGUCCAAGGAGACAUCGUGGGAGAUAUGCAAUCCAGGGGGAGUCUUCUUGUAUAUCGACGGACGCAAGAACUGGAUGUCACACAUCAGAUGCGCAAGGAGCGAAGAAGAACAGAACAUGGAGGCGUAUCAGCAUUAUGGCAAUAUCUACUUCAGAAGCACAAAGGUCAUUCAACCAGGAAGUGAACUGAAGGUUUUCUAUGACGAGGAGUACAAGAAGUGUGUCGGGAUGGAGGCGAGGUUUGAGGAUCUCAAAUUUGAUCAAGAUUCACAGAAGUUCCAAUGUAGCCAGUGUGAGGAGCUGUUCACAUCAACCAAACUAAUCCUGAGACACAUAAGAUGUGAACACACCAUUGGGAAACCAGAUGAGAUGAUAGCUGUACUCACAUGGAAGAAGAAAAAGAAGAAAUCAAUAGAAACGGACGUCAACGCCAAACAGCCUGUCCGAAAAGAGAAAGUGGAUAGUGACAAGAAAGAGGUAGUCAGUGAAACGAAAGAGGUAGCUAAGGAUGCAAAAGUGAUAGAGUUUAAAUGCGGAACCUGCGGAAAGGUCUUUCCUUCGUGUGGGAGAUUGAAAGCUCAUGAGGUGUUCCACGAUGACUGUCAAGAGCAUGCCUGUCCUGUGUGUGGUAAAGGGCAGGCCAAUGCAAAGACUCUCGCGAAUCACAUGAUCAUACAUGAACCAAAGUUCCAAGUGUGUAAGAAAUGCAACCAGAAGUACAAGACAAGGGCAUCCCUUGCGAAACAUGAGAUGGACGCCCAUAGCUAUCAAUGCAGGUUUUGCUCUGAACGGUUCUUGAAGAAAGGUCAUUGUCUGAAGCAUGAGCAAACCCAUCAAGCCUUCAAGCCACCCAAGACUUCGGCAAAGAAGGUGGCGCCGCCUGCAAAGGCAAAGGAAUCACCUCCCAAGGUUCAUCAACCAUCAGAACCAUCUCCAGAUGAACCUAAGGACAUGCUUGGUAAAGGCACUCACUACUAUCUCCAGCAGCGACCCUUCAAGUGCCGCUUUUGCCCCAAGAGGUACGUCUUACGUAAGAAGGUCAGUGAACAUGAGCGGGAACACCACACAGGAGAUGCAGCCUACAAAUGCAGUUACUGCCCAAAGCUGUUCAUCAGCGAGGCUAAGAUGCUGGUCCAUAUUAAUAGCCACGAGCAGAACCGCAUCUAUCGCUGCAAGCUCUGCCCUCGGACCUUCGCGUCGGAGAGCGCGCUGAACAACCAUCAAGAUGAACACACCGGACUGAAACCGAUCAAGUGUGAAAUCUGCGGCAAAGGGUUCCGCGUCAAGAAGGCCGUUGCUGCGCAUAGGAGACGCAUGCAUCAGGAACGGCCGAAGCGGUUCUUCUGUUCCGUCUGUGACAAAGGGUUCUGUGAUAAAGCCAAUCUCAUCAAACACGAGAGACGACACAAGGGCAUUAGACCCUAUGUUUGUCUAGAAUGCGGGAAAGCGUUCACAGGAAAUGCCGCCCUCACAGCUCACAAGAAGGCAUUGCAUACUGAAAAAAAGGCCUUCUCUUGUGAGAUUUGUAAUAAAACAUUCUCUUUGAACCAGCAUUACACUUAUCAUAUGUUCAAGCAUAGAGUGAAAGAAGAUAGUAGUCUAUGUAACAACACUAGCAAUACAAAGUAAGUUUAAAAUUUCAACUCUAGUUAACUGUUCAUGGAAUUUCCAGCAUGUUUAUUUCCAGAGCCAUCUGAACUAUUCCAGACUCUCUGUGUUUAUUUUGAAAAACUUCUAAAUGCUAUAAACAGGCGGUUAGGGUUAUCCAGCAGGAGUGAAAAAGUUGCGGAAAGUUUGCAUUUCAUAUCUUUUCAUAUAUGGAAAGGCUAUCUAUUUCAUACAUUUCCUUGAAAUUAUUUUGAUAAUGUUGGAAACUUUCAAGAAAGUGAAGAUUAUUCCCUUCUUUCUUGCCUCUGAAUAAAUGUUUUCAGUUGAUGUCACCCUUACAUAUACAAAAUGAUUUUUAUUGUAUAUGUAUUACUUUUUCUGAGUGAAAGGCAUAUAUUUAUGAUUUUGCUCCUUUGACUUUUAAACGCUCAGGUUGACGUUUUUGUCCAUCUUAAGAUCUUGUAUUCAAUAGUGUAACUCAGAAUAAAUUGCAUUAUCUUGCCACUUUUCCUGACAAAUCUAAUUAGGUAUUACAAUGCUAUUCUUGUCCUUGUCAUGGAGGAAAACAAAUAGUGACGUGCUAAGGGUAAUAGCCCUCAAGUAUUUAUUUAUUUUUUUAAACCUGUAAAAUAAGUUCUUGUAUUGCUGUUGAUCACGAGUUCAAUUUAAAAUUCCGUUUAAAAUGAACAUAAAUUGAGUUGCGUUGUAAAUCUAAAUGCUCUAGGUAAACAAUGAAUCGCAAUAUGUUAAAUGUUUUUAGUAAUCAUGUACAACUUGACUGACAUUUAGCAAUUGACUUUGAAAUGCUCGUUGGAAUGCUCCCCAGGGAGUGGAGAAAGGCAUACAGUUGUAUGCGGGCAUGCCAUGAUCCAAUGACCAGGAUAAUAUAUCUGUAAAGCGCUCAGAGACGUUCCGUUGUAUGAUACGCUAUGUAAAAGCAGAUUAUUAUUUUUAUUGUAAUUAUUAUCAUCAUCAUUAUUAUUAUAAAGAUCAUUAUCAAACUCAUUAUCUUUGAUCAACUCAAAGGUUUAUCAACUCAUAAAAUCUCCAGAAAAUGUGAUCUAUGUUUUAUGUCGUCAUUUUUAUUGACCUCCCCAAGAGAGCUAGCAAGAAAUGCGAUAAGCAUAAUUAAAACUUAGCUGUUUUCUGGCUCUUUUGGAAGACCAGAAAUAUUCAUUUGUAUUUUUCAAACCAUGAUGGUACAAUGCAUGAGGAUUUAAAGACUUUUGUACAAUUAGUCUACUCUGUGGGUAAAAAAAAAAUUAACACCUUUCAAAUUAUUUCCUACCCCCAAAUAAAUUGACAAGCAAAAAAAAAGGUCUUCAAUA